UUCGGCUCAAGAGUUCUCUUUCCCCUGCCGUUUCCUACUCCUCGUUCCCUCCGCCUCUUCCUUUUCCCCUCUCCCUUCCCUCUCGUCUCCCUAUUGCUUCGCGGCGAUGGCGGGCGACGCUCCUAGCCCGAGGCCGUGCAGCUUCCAGGUGCAGUCGGACCGCUCCGCCUCCGACCUGGAGGCCUUCGAGUGGAACCCGUCGAUGGACCUGCUGGCAUGUCUGACGACGCCGCCAGAUUCGAGCAUGGUUGUCUACCGCCUCCUCUCCGAGGACCAGAGCCCAAAGCUACUGUCGGAGAAGAUCACUGGCAUCGGUUCCGCCCUGGCGUGGAGUCCGUGCGGCCGAAGGAUCGCCGUCGGGGACUGCCUGGGCGGGGUGUCCAUUUACGACGGCGAAUCGGGGGCCGUGCUCCGCUCAUCCCGGCUGCACACGCGGCCCGUCGUGGCCCUGUCCUGGGUCAGCGCGGAGACCGCAGGCGGCCAGGCCGCGGUGCCUUCCUGGCCGCUGGCGCUGCCGCCGCUGCUUCCGGUGCCAAGCGCUCCGAGCAACAUGUACGCGUGUGCUUUGGAUGCCGAUCCUGAGCUGGACGACGGCGGCGGCGCCUUCACGCUUUUGGCCUCCGUGGACGACUCUGGCCUGGCGGUGGUGAGCGCAGGCGGUACCCUCGCGCUGCAGGCCGUGCCGCUGUUCCCGGAGCAGGCGGCAGUGCCGUCGCCGGUGCGGCUGGGCUGCCAGAGCCCGGCAUCGCCGGCGCCCCUGUCGCCCGCGGCCGCGCUGAGCGCUGCCGGCGUGAGCAACGGCGAGCGGCCUGCGCGGGGCAGCCGGCGCCCCCGAGCCUGCCGCCUGUCGCCAGACCUGCGAUGCCUCGCGGUCCUCCUGGGGCCGCCGGCAACGUCUUCGUCCUCGGCGCCACGGUCGCCCCUCUCAGAGCUGCCCGUCGCCCAGCAGUCCUCGCCCGGCGGCACGUGCCUGUCCUCCCAGGUGUCUGGAUGCGGUAACGCUGCUCCCUGGGCGGCCAGUGCUGG